UCCACUGAACGAGAAGACUUACAAAGAAGUCAUCAUAGAGAAGACUUACAAAGAAGUCAUCAUAGAGAAGACUUACAAAGAAGUCUUCUCCAACGGAGGGUUAUAAUGGUAAAAUUGAAAACAAGUUUUUUGUUUGUACGUAAGGGGGCUGUUGUAAUUUCACUAGGCUUUUGGGUUACUUUUGCAUUUGAUUGAAUUUGGGAUACACUUUUGUAUUCAAAAUCAAUUUUUGAGUCACUUUUGGCAAAUCCCCCGUAAAACAAUUACGAAAUGAUUCAAUUAAAUAUGCAUAAUAUUCCCCUUUUUUAUCAAAUAUGCGUAAUAUUAUUAUUUUACAUAUUCUUAUUUUUAUUACAGUAAUAAUCUUAAUUUUAGUUUUAACAUAUUUGUAUAUUUUUGUACUAAUAAUAACAUAUAGAUAACAAUAUAUUUGAAUAUUUAAGUAAAAUUUAUUUGUAAAAUAAAGUGAUACAAAAUUUAAUAUUAGUAAAACAAUAUUUAAAUUGCAUAAUAAUGUGAAUUAUUAUAAAAAUUAAAUAAUAUUUUAAGAUUUUGAUAUUUAGGUUCUCAAAAAUUGAAAAUUUGUUAGAGAACCCUAAACAUCAAAUAACUGAAAGUUUGAAAGCUUGUUAGAAAUACUCUUAGUAAGGUUAAACCAGUUUCCAUUAGUCUAAUUGCUUGUAGACUUGUUGAGAUUAGUCUAGUAGUGGCCUACCACAAAGGGAAACGAAUUGAAUGAUGAAAAAGUCGAAAAUUUAAAAGGUAUGAACUUUGAACAAGAUAUUUAUCAUCAUCUUCAUGAUCUCUUAUGAUUAGCUAAUGAGAAGCUAGAACUAUGAUUAUUUCUUAAUCAAAUAACUAGGGCUUCAGAGAGAGAGGAGAAAAAUACAAAAAAGUUUUAAUCUUUGUUUAAGUAAAAGUUAAACAAGAUUAGGGUUUCAUUUCAGAAGCUCAUGAUCAAAUAGAUGGAGGUUAUAGAGAAGAAAAUGAUAAAUGGGAGAUGGAAAGACAAAAAUCAUCAGCAAAUCAUCAAACCCCCGAUCAUUGUAUUCCUCCGUACACUUACUCCCAAACCACAGACAAAGAGAAACCCACAAGUCCAUUACCAUAAGUAACGGGUCGAAUCUGGAUCUGGAUCUUGAUACGAACCCCAUUUCUUUUGCCGCUCCAGCUCCAAGAUCGUACGUUAGGCUUCAAACUACUUCCCCGACAAGGAGCGUGAGAUAUAGAGAAUGCCAACGGAACCACGCGGCGAGCUCCGGUGGACACGUGAUCGACGUUUGCGGCAAGUUCAUGUCUUCCGGCGAAGAAGGCACGGCGGAGUCACUUCUUUGCGCCGCAUGUGAUUGUCAUCGGAGCUUCCACCGAAACGAAAUCGACGGCAUGUUCGUUGUUAAAUUCAACAGCUUUGGCCAUUCACCAAGACCGCUCGUUAGCCGCCACGUGUCUCCGAUCAUGAUGAGCUUCGCUAGAGGAGGCAGAGAUCCGGCGGAGUCAUCGACGGAGGAUGUUAACAAGUUUCAUCAAUAUUUUUGUGGUAAUGGAGUAGAUCAGUCUCAAUACCAUCCGAAGAAACGGUUUAGGACAAAGUUUAAUCAAGAACAGAAGGAGAAGAUGGAGGAGUUUGCUGAGAAGAUUGGAUGGAGAAUGAGUAAACCAGAAGACAGUGAAGUGAAUCUCUUUUGUCGUGAGAUUAAUUUGAAAAGACAAUUGUUUAAAGUUUGGAUGCACAAUAAUAAGCAAACAGCCAAGAAGAAAGAAAUGUAA